CUGCCGGCUCAUCAACGAUCGUUAUUCGACGCGAUUUACGACAAAGAUGCCUAUGAGCACAUGCGGCUUCUAGAGCAGAAGUAUCAGGUAAGGGAGAAUUUUCUGGCCCUUCAGGAUGAAAUUAACGGCGAAAUGCGAUAUAUUCUGGUGGAAUGGCUCUCUGAUGUAAUUACGGAUUUCAGUUUAAGCAUGGAUUCACUACAUUUGGCAGUUUCGAUUGUCGAUCGAACUCUCAUUGCGCUACAGUGUCCGCGAUCGCAACUGCAGCUGGUUGGCUCCGCGGCCAUGGUGCUCGCUUCGAAGAUGGAAGAUGCUGAAUCAGUGAGUGCAGACCAAAUGGCAAAAGCAACCGACAACACUUAC